CAACAUAGAUUUCACUUUAACUCAUUUCCUCAGUCUAAGACACCUGGAAGUGAGCAAUGGUGUAUCCAGAUUUUCUUCCUUGGACUCUGGUGACAUUGCUGAUUAUUUCUGGAUUAAAUUAUGGCUUUGAUUCUACUGAAAAAAAUAGAUUGAAAAGGGAGAUCAAUCAGGAACAGCCUCGCAUGUCCUCUGAAACAGGCAAUUUAGUCUUCUAUGCUGGCUCUGCCAAAAAUAUUGAAUUCAAAACUAGAUCACAGGGCAGAAUAAAAAUUAAUGAAGAAGACCUCACAGAAACCUUGAGUCAGAUCCAAAAGAAUAAAGAUGAAAUUCUUGAACUCAAAAGAAUUGCUAGCAUCCCUCAAAAUAUUUCCAGCCAGAUCACCCAGCUUCAUUCCAAGAUUGCAAAUAUUGAAGGCAGAAUUCAAAACCUUGAGCAGGCCUUCUUGAACAAAGCCUGUAACAGCAACCCCUGCCAGAAUUCUGGAACCUGCAUAAAUUUGCUGGAUGCUUUCUUCUGCCUCUGUCCUGACAAUUGGCAGGGUCCAUUCUGUUCUGUUGAUGUUAAUGAAUGCCAGAUUUAUGCCGGGACACCUCUUGCUUGCCAGAAUGGAGCUACAUGUAUAAAUACUCCGGGUAGUUACAGGUGCACCUGUACACCAGAAACAUACGGAGCCCACUGUGCUUCAAAAUUUGAUGACUGCGAAAGAGGAUCUCCUGUUCUUUGUCAGCAUGGUCUUUGUGUUGAUGGAAUUAGAGAGCAACCUAAUCAGCCAAAGUACACCUGUAUCUGUGAUGCUGGCUGGAUGUCGCCACCUGGGAGCCCUGCCUGCAGUGCUGAUAUAGAUGAGUGUAGCCUCCCUCAACCUCCUUGCUCACUGAAUCCUCCAGUGCAAUGCUCUAACACACCAGGCUCUUAUUCCUGUGGUCCUUGCCCAGCAGGAUGGCAAGGAGAUGGCUACAGUUGUCAAGAUAUUAAUGAAUGUGAGAAGGAUAAUGGAGGUUGCUCGACUGCCCCACUGGUUCUAUGUAUCAAUACGAUGGGAUCCUUCUAUUGCAAUCACUGUCCCCCAGGCUAUGAAGGCGAUGGGAAAGUGUGCACCCAAGUUAACAUUUGCUCCGUAAGCAAUGGAGGAUGCCAUUCACUUGCUAACUGUACCAGCACACCAGGGCUUAUUAUUCCUAUUUGUGUCUGCCCGGAUGGAUAUACUGGGAGUGGCUAUGGCCCAAAUGGAUGUGUUGCACUGAGCAAUAUCUGCCAAACUCAAAAUCCUUGUGUAAAUGGAGAGUGUCUUGUUACAACCUCUGGCUACAACUGUGUCUGUCAUCCUGGCUGGACCGGGGCCAACUGCACAGAAAAUAUUGAUGAGUGUGCCAGCAAUCCUUGUCAGCAUGGAGGAACCUGCACUGAUAUGGUGAAUGGCUACUCCUGUGAAUGUACAAGCACAUGGACUGGGCCCCAGUGCCAGACAUCCCAACAAGCUUGUGGAGGAUCAUUGUCAGGAGCCUCUGGUUCAUUCAGCUAUCCCAACGUGAGCACUGAUCAAUAUAACCAAGAGGUUAGCUGUAAUUGGGUUAUUCGGACUAAUUAUAACAAGAUUCUGCGUAUCACUUUUCCAUUCUUUCAGCUGAAGGAAAGUGUCAACUGCAGAUCUGACUUUCUCCAGAUUCAUGAUGGCGAGUCAACAUCAGCAAACAUGCUGGGGAAAUUGUGUGGAUCAUCUCAUCCAGAUGAACUCUUUAGUAGUCACAACUCUAUGUAUUUCUCAUUCCACUCUGACCGCAUGACUAAUGGAAAAGUGUUUACAGUUCACUGGGAAUCUCAGCAGCCUGUAUGUGGUGGUGAACUGACUGAUACUCAUGGAUCAAUUAACUCACCCGGCUACCCUGGCAACUAUCCUCCCAACAGGGAUUGCUACUGGAUGCUCUCGACCAGCCCUGGUCUUUUCAUCACAUUUGCUUUUGGCAUACUGAGCCUUGAACACCAUGAUAAUUGCAGCAAUGAUUAUUUGGAGAUUCGAGAUGGCCUCCUCUCUGAAGAUCUACUUCUUGGAAAGUACUGCAGCACUGGGUUGCCACCUCCACUUCAAACCACAGGCCCAUAUGCCUGGGUUCACUUUCAUUCCGAUGGUUUUGAUACUGAUAGAGGUUUCCAUAUUACAUACAUAACAUCUCCUGAGGAUCCCAACUGUGGAGGAAACUACACAGGGAGCACUGGGAUUAUCAUGUCGCCAUAUUGGCCAAAUUCUUAUCUUAGCAACAGACAGUGUAUCUACAUCAUCCAGCAACCCAUUGGUGAACAAAUAUCUCUCAAUUUCACCCAUCUGGAGCUGGAAGGCCAUCCUGGCUGCUCUUGGAAUUACAUUGAGGUCCGAGAUGGUGACACUGAGAUGUCUCCCUUAAUUGGCAAGUUCUGUAACAGCACACUGCCUUCCUCUAUUACUUCCAAUGGCAACAGCCUCUGGAUCAAGUUCAAGUCUGAUACCUCAGCCCAAAGGUCGCGCUUCAGGGCUGUUUAUGAUGUUGCAUGUAGAAGAGUCUGGUCUGGUGAUGGAGUCAUCCGAUCUCCCUAUUUCAGCAGAUCACUGUCUCAUGAAAAGAUCUGUGAAUGGAUCAUCUCUGAACCAGAAGGCAAUCGUGUGAUUCUCAAUUUCACUGACUUCCGCAUCCGUACUAAUAUAAACUGCGCCUUGGAUUAUGUUGAGGUCAGAGAUGGCAACAAUAUGAAUUCACCUUUAUUGGGCAAAUACUGUGGUUCAACUGUACCAUCAAUUGUUCAGUCUACAUCUAACUAUGUGUAUGUGAAAUUCAGAGCUUCAUCUGCAGCAAACCUUGGCUUUCUUGCUGAAUACAGAUCUUUUGAUGCAGCAUGUGGGGGAACUCUUACAGAACCGAAUGGAACCAUUACAACUCGUGACUACCUAGCCACCUACCCACAUGGUGUCAGAUGUACAUGGACUGUCUUAGUGGAGCCUGGUAACUUAAUCAGUCUGACCUUCACAUAUUUUUACUUGGAAUUUGACUACAUUUGCAGCAGAGAUUACCUUGAAAUUUAUGACAACAGCACUAUGACAAAGCUGGGUCGGUACUGUGGGAGGUCAGUGCCACCAUCUGUGACCAGUGGUGGCAACACACUGACGUUGUAUUUUGUGACAAAUCACAAUAUUGCCUCAGAGGGAUUCUCUGUUAAUUAUGUUUCACUGAAUGCAGCUACAGCAUGCUCACAUGAAUACACGGAGGCUUCUGGUGUGUUAACAUCUCCAAACUAUCCCAACCACUAUCCCAACAAAAUGACUUGCAUAUACAGGAUUCAUGUUGGGAACAACAAACAGAUCGCUUUGCACUUUACCAACUUCUCCUUGGAGUCUGGAGCCCCAUGUUUAAAUGAUUAUGUAGAACUCAGAGAUGGAGGUUAUGAGACAUCACCUCUACUUGGAAAAUUCUGUGGGUCAUCAUUGCCUCCUCUUAUUAUUUCCCAUAGCAACAAAUUGUGGAUAAAGUUUGUAAGUGAUGUAUAUAAUUCAUACACUGGAUUCUCAGCUUACUGGGAUGGAACAUCUACAGGUUGUGGUGGAACUCUUGCAACUUCGUCUGGAAUCUUCAUGUCCCCAAAACUAUCCUUGCCUUAUCACCAUAAUGCAGAAUGCUACUGGCUGCAGUCAAGUCAUGGAAGCCCAUUUGAAAUCCAGUUCGAACAGUUCCACUUAGAGUCACAUCCACGUUGUCAAUUUGAUUAUCUUGCUGUCUAUGAUGGUAACAGUAGCAAUGCUAAGAUCCUGGGCAAAUUUUGUGGCAAUGAAAUACCACCCACAAUCCACUCUACUGGAAACAGUUUGUAUGUGAAAUUAAGAACAGACAGGUCUUUGGGAGGAGGAGGUUUUGUUGCUCACUAUAAACAAAUUUGCCAGGGAAUUGCAAUUGCCAACCGUAGCCGAGGCAUCUUAGAGAGUUUAAACUUUCCUAAUAACUAUCCUCCGGAUACAUAUUGCAAUUGGACCAUCCAAACAACAACUGGUAACACCCUCAACUACAGCUUUCUAGCAUUUAGUGCAAAUGGAGGAGAGAACUGUGAACGUGACCAUGUAAAGCUUUAUGAUGGUCCUAACACCCAAUCCAACUUGAUAGGCACUUUCUGUGGCAACAGUAAUCCCCCUUCUGGUGGCACCACUAGUUCCAGUCUUCAUGUGGUGUUUUCUUCUGAUACAAUACAGGAAUCUACUGGAUUUCAGAUGCUAUGGCAGAUAAAUGGAUGUGGUGGAGAACUGUAUGGAGCCUCUGGAUCUUUCCACAGUCUUGGAUAUCCAAACAACUACCCACACAAUAGGGAAUGUCACUGGUAUAUUCAUACAACCCCAGGCAGUAGCAUUCAACUCACCAUUCUGGAAUUUGACAUAGAAUACCAUUCAAGCUGCAGCUAUGAUGUUCUGGAAAUCUAUGGUGGGCCUGACUUAUCUUCUCCCAGACUGGCUCAGCUGUGUGUGCCAAGAACCUUGCAGAAUCCUCUGCAUAUCUCCAGCACUGGAAAUGCAAUUGUAGUCCGAUUUAAAACAGACAGAUCUGUGAAUGGAAGGGGAUUCAAUGCUACUUGGCAAGAAAUACCUGGAGGAUGUGGAGGAGUUUUCCAAGCUCCACAUGGUGAAAUCCAUUCUCCUAACUAUCCUCAGCCUUACAGCAACAAUACUGACUGUUCUUGGGUCAUCCGAGUUGACUCUGGUUACCGUGUUCUGUUGAACUUCACAGACUUUGAAAUAGAAUCUCACGGUUCUUGUAACUUUGACUAUGUUGCAAUAUUUGAUGGACCAGAUAAUGAAACUCCACUUCUUGGAAAAGUCUGUGGCACUGAGCGACCUGCUCCUAUCACAUCCACUCAAAAUAUCAUGUUUGUCCGGUUUCGUUCUGACAGCUCUAUCCAUCUCAGGGGCUUCAGUGCUCAGUUCAAAGAAGCAUGUGGAAGGGUCUUAGAAGCUGAUUCAGUUGGUAUACCGGUUUCCUCCCCUCUGUACCCAGCCAACUAUCCAAACAAUCAGAACUGCAGCUGGAUUAUUCAAGCCCAGGAACCAUUCAACCAUAUUACACUAUCGUUCACUGACUUUGCGAUUCAAGGCAACAUACGUAACUGCAGCACAGAUUAUGUAGAAAUUCGAGAAGGGAAUAAUUACAAUGCACCUCUGCAAGGGCGUUAUUGUGGCACCACAAUGCCACAUCCUAUUACUUCUUUUUCAAGUGCUAUGUCCAUCAUCUUUAUCUCUAACAAUGCAUUUACUGCCAAAGGGUUCCGUGCCAUGUUUGCUGCAUCAACAUCUGCCUGUGGGGGCACCUUCCAUAUGGAAAGAGGAGCCUUCAAUAGCCCCAACUUUCCUGAGCCUUACCCUCUGAAUGUCGACUGUGUCUGGAACAUUCUGAGCUCCCCUGGCAACCGGCUCCAGCUGUCUUUCACAGAAUUUCAGAUGGAAGCAAGUGAAGACUGUACCAAGGAUUAUGUAGAAAUCAGAGAAGGCAGUCUCAGUGGCCAGUUAAUGGGACGAUACUGUGGAAACGCCUUGCCAAUGAAUUAUACUUCUGUCACUGGACAUAUCCUGUGGAUUAAAUUCGUCUCAGAUGGAUCACACAGUGGAAGGGGUUUCCAGGCCACAUUUGCUCACUUGUUUGGUAAUAAUAUUAUAGGAAGCAGUGGCCAAAUUGCUUCUCCACUGUGGCCUAGAAAUUACCCUCACUUUUCCAACUAUCAAUGGACAAUAAUGGUUAAUGCAACACAAGUUAUCCAUGGCCAGUUUUCAGAGAUAGAUAUUGAAGAAUUGCAUAACUGCUACUAUGAUAAACUGAAGGUGUUUGAUGGCUCCAACACACAUGCUCGUCUCACUGCAGCAUACUGUGGCACAACUCCUUCUUCUUUCACGUCUUCUGGAAGCUCUGUGACUCUCCAGUUCAUCUCUGAUUUUUCUGUCAAUGGAAGGGGCUUUCUUUUGGACUGGUAUGCCAUCGACACUCCUACAGAUGUUGGACAGGCCAUUCCAAUAGGUGCCUGUGGAGGGUCCUCAGCAACUAGUGAAGUGCCUUUGUUCCUGUUCUCACCAGGCUGGCCCUCAAACUAUAGAAAUUAUGCAGACUGUACAUGGGUUAUCAGAGCAUUAGACUCAACUGUGGAAUUCAAUAUCCUAGCCCUUGAUGUUGAGUCUCACAGAUCAUGCAACUAUGAUAAACUUGUCUUCCGAGAUGGGGACAACAGUCUUGCACCAGUUCUGUCUACUGUAUGUGGCCGUGAAGUUCCUGGACCAAUAAGAUCAACUGGGGAUGCCAUGCUUAUUCAGUUCACUUCAGAUGGAAGUAUUACUGGUGCGGGGUUUAACGCUUCUUAUCACCGAAGUUGUGGUGGUUAUUUACACGCAGACAGAGGUGUGAUCACUUCACCCAACUAUCCACAGACAUAUCCUCCUAAUCUGAAUUGUUCUUGGCAUGUUCUGGUUACUGCUGGUUUCAUCAUUGGUGUUCAUUUUGAACAGCCAUUCCAAGUGCCUAAUGAAGAUACAUCCUGCAGCCAUGGAGAUUAUGCAGAGCUUCGAAAUGGACCAGACCUCUCUGCCCCUCCGUUAGGACUCAGUGGCAGAAAUGGCCGUUUUUGUGGUAGUGAUUCCUUUUCUUCAAUAUACACCACAGAUAACCAGCUGUUUGUCCACUUCAUUUCUGACAGCAAUAGUGAAGGACAAGGUUUCAAACUCAAGUAUGAAGCAAGGAGUCUCGCUUGUGGAGGAAAUGUCUAUAUCAGUCAAACCAGCCCUUCUGGAUUUAUCUCUUCACCCAACUAUCCUGGCAAUUAUCCACCACAUGGCGAUUGCAUCUGGAAGAUAACUGCUCCCUAUGGAGAAGCAGUGGAGCUGCAGUUUCAAGAUCAGUUUGAUAUUCAGCCUUCACCCAAUUGUACAUUAAGUUAUCUUGAAUUACGAGAUGGUGCUGACUCCAGCGCGCCAAUGAUUGCCAAAUUAUGUGGGAACUCUCUACCGAGCAUUCAAAGAUCAACUGGUUCAACCCUAUAUAUGAGAUUUUGGUCAGACAGCACAAACACACACGCUGGAUUCAAGGCUAGAUAUUCAACAGCUCUAUGUGGUGGAACACUCACAGGACAAAAUGGGCUCAUUGAAAGUAUUGGAUUUCCAGAUGUUCACUAUCCACAUAAUUUACUGUGUGAGUGGUUUCUCCAUGGGCCUAGGGGUCAUUAUCUCAGCAUUACCUUUGAAGCACUAGAUAUCCAGAACUCUUCAGCGUGUGCAAAUGACUACGUGGAAAUUCGAGAACAGAGUGCUUCAGGGGAUUUAUUAGGUCGAUAUUGUGGUGCUACUAUACCACAUUCUGUGGACACCUCUGGCAACCUGGCUUACAUAAAGUUUGUUACUGAUGAAAGUAUCAGUGCUCCAGGCUUCAAAUUACAUUUUGCUGCAAGUGCCGAAGAAUGUGGAGGUGAAUUUAUUGGUGCUGUUGGGACUUUUACCUCCCCCAAUUAUCCAAAUCCUUACCAGCACAAAAUAAAAUGUGAAUGGAGGGUCAUGGUGCCAAUUGGACGACGGGUCACUCUUACCAUUAGUGACAUGAAUUUUGGAUUCAGCCAGAACUGUAGUGUGGAUUAUUUGGCAGUUCACAAUGGUUUUGGUGAAAAUGCACCUAGACUAUCCAAACUCUGUGGUGUAUUGGUUUCAGGCACUGAGGUGAAAUCCUCUGCAAACAAGAUAACAGUUAUUAUGAUAACAAACCAUGAUGAUUCAGAGGCAAGCUUCAGAAUUACUUAUGCUUCUGAUGAAGAUGCAGUGUGUGGUGGACAUCUGACCAGUUCAAAUGCAGGGAACAUCACUUCUCCAGGUUAUGAUGGUAUCAACAACUACACAAACAACCUGAACUGUGAAUGGGUCAUCCAAAAUCCACAAUCAUCCAGCACAACCCUUUCCCUGCUCUUUGAAGAUUUUCACUUGGAGCAGUACACUGAUUGCCAGAACGAUUACUUAGAAAUUCGACAAGAGGAUUCUGAAGGGGAGCUCUUAUACAGAUUAUGUGGCCACAAUACACCUCGAGAACCAUUACUAAUAGCAUCUCCUCAGAUUUGGAUACAGUUUCUGAGUAAUGAUAAAAAUACAGACAAAGGAUUCUUUAUCCAAUAUUCAUCUCUAGCUUGUGGUGGUGUGCAGGAAGGUCAAAGUGGAAUUAUUUCAAGUCCUAACUACCCACAACCUUACAACAGUUCUAGUCUCUGCUCCUGGCUUUUGAUAGCACCAGAAGGACAUACCAUCAAUCUUACGUUUGUGGCCUUUGAAAUGGAAAGACACCGUGUCUGUGGAUGGGACUCAGUGACCAUUCAGAAUGGCGGGUCUCUUAGUUCUCCUGUCAUAGGACGAUAUUGUGGAACUGCAUCACCGGGCACCAUUCAGUCUGGUUCCAAUCAAUUGUUAGUAAGCUUUCAUUCUGACCACUCUGUACAGAGAGGUGGCUUCCAAGCAACGUGGACUGCAAAUUCAUUAGGAUGUGGAGGCAUUCUUCAUUCCGAGAAUGGUACAAUUCGUUCUCCCCACUGGCCACAAAAUUUCCCUAGAAACAUUAGGUGCUCAUGGACAAUAAUUGCACAUGAAAGCAAACAUGUGGAGAUUACCUUUAAUAAACAGUUCCAGAUUCCAGAUAGUAACGGACAGUGUCUGGGCAGUUAUGUGAAGAAUGCCUUACAAUAUUGUGCUUAUGAUGGAGUAAAGAUUUUCAAAGGGACCAGCAUUACACCAUACCCUGUGGCAACAUAUUGUGGUAAUGAAAUUCCUGAUCCUGUCAGCAUAUUUGGACCCACUCUGCUUAACUUCUACACAGACUCUGAUACUGUUGGCAUUGGAUUUUUGGCCACUUACAGAGUAAUACCUUGUGGUGGUGUUUUUAACAGAACCAGAGGCACAGUCAAGAGCCCUACCCAUUCACUUACUGAGUAUCAUCACAAUAUGAAUUGUUCAUACCACAUCACCGUUGGAACCAACAAGAUAGUGGCACUCAAAUUCAACAGUUUCCGCCUUGAAGUCUCUUCUUUGUGCUACAAAGAUUAUGUUGCUGUGUAUGAUGGACCAAAUAUCGCUUCUCCACUUCUUGGCAAAUUCUGUGGAGCAAUUUCUCCUCCCACUAUCAAGAGUUCCUCGAAUACCUUGUUUCUGUUGUUUACUACUGAUUCCUUUGGAGCAGAUGAUGGAUGGAGAGCAUCUUUCAGGGAGACACUAGGUCCUCAACAAGGCUGUGGUGGUUUUCUGACAAAUUCAAGUUAUAGCUUUGGUUCUCCAGAUUCCAAUGAGGAUGGCAGAUAUGAUAAAGAUUUGGAAUGUAUUUGGAUGAUAGUUGCUCCCACAGAUAAGCUGAUCAACCUCACCUUCAAUACUUUUCACCUGGAAGCAACAAGUUUGGGCAACUGCAGAUAUGACUAUGUCAAACUGUAUGAUGGUAGUGAUGAAAAUGACACUCUAGUUGGCACAUUUUGCGGCUCCAACAUUCCACCGCAUUUUCUUUCUACUGGCAACUUUUUAACUAUUAAAUUUGUCACUGAUAUGUAUAUAGAAACAGCAGGUUUCAAUGCUACCUACACCACUGUGGACAGACUGUGUGGAGGUACAUAUAAUGCAACUUCUGCCAUGCAGACUGCCACUUCCCCAUACUUUCCCAAUGCAUACCCACCACUUACAUUCUGCAGAUGGGUCAUUGAUGCUCCUCCUGAGCAACAAGUCAAGGUAGUAGUUCAGGAAUUCCACCUAUCCUCCAGCCAAGACUGCUCUCAGAAUUAUGUAGAAUUUCAGGAUUCACCAUUGGGCAAUCAAGAACAUGCUGGUCACAUUCACCGUUUCUGUGGUUCUGAAAAAUUUACAAUUCCAGAGUUUUAUUCAUAUAGGCGAACAGCUAUUGUAAUUUUUAGAUCUGAAGCCUAUUUGACUAACAAUGGACUUCGCUUCUCCUAUCAAGCUUCAGGCUGCAGCAGAGAAUACAAUCAAUCAUUUGGUUAUUUGAAAAGCCCAGGCUGGCCCAAUGGUUAUCCUCAUAACUUGGACUGUACCAUUAUACUACGAUCCCCAAGGAAUCACACCAUCUCUCUCUUUUUCCAUUCUUUUAACCUAGAAGGUUUUGGAUGUGAACAUGACUUCUUAGAGGUUAGAAACGGUAGUGAUGCAAGCUCACCACAGCUUGGACAGUACUGUGGAAACACCCUACCGAAUCCAGUAUUUCCUAAAAACCAUGUUUUAUAUCUACACUUCAGAAGUGAUCCUCUACUUUCUCAUGAAGGAUAUGAAAUUACUUGGACUUCAUCAACAACAGGAUGUGGUGGUACCUUAUAUGGUGAGACUGGCUCAUUAGCCAGCCCAGAGUAUCCAGCUUCUUAUCAGAAUCAUACAGACUGUGAAUGGAAAAUUAAUGUCCCAACAGGAAGGGUAGUUACUGUUCAUUUCAGUUUUAUCAGGAUUGAUGAUCUGGGUGACUGUACUAGCAACUAUCUAACACUUUACAAUGGACCAGAUAGUAGUUAUCCAUUUAUUGGACCAUACUGUGGACAGGACACAAACAUUGCUCCAUUUACAGCUGGAUCACAUCAAGUGUUCAUAAAAUUCCAUGCCGAGUAUGUAACUCAGCCUUCAGGAUUUAGGCUAACCUGGAGAAGCUAAAAUACCUCUCCUGCAGAAAAUACCUUUACUCAGCACUUUUCAAUACUGAAUAUGCUACAAAGAAUAUGAUUGUGUGUACAAUGACAAUAAAACUAUUU